GAAACUGACAUCCUUAUGUUCUCUAAAGACACAGAUUCUUAUAUGAUUGGCCUUCCUCACAUAUCUUCUUUGAAAAAGAACGUUUUUAUAAAUAUCGGUGGCUCAAAAUCAAUCAGUGAAGUUUACAUCUCAGUUAAUAAUUUAUAUAAAAACAUUUUCAGAGACUAUUCAGUUCAAACCUUGGAAUCAUCCUCCCUGGGGAAAGUGAUUCAAACUGUUUUUAUAUCUAGUGGUUGUGACUAUGUUAGUUCAUUUAAAGGUUUUUCAAAAUCCUUUGUUUUUGAAACAUUCUUUAAAUAUUGUGAAUUCAUUUCUGGUAAAGAUUCCAUUCAACUGAAUCUGGGCUCCUUGUCUGACACCUCAGUUGAACAUUUUGAACUCGGAUUCCUUUCAUUUUUACGACUCAUUGGAUGUCUCUUUUUCACAAGAUGCAAAUCUUCAUUCUAUGAGUUUAUUUUCGAUGAACACCCUGUGUCUUUGUUUAAUUAUUUCUGUAAACCACAUUUUGCACCUUUUGAUAACCACAUUAUUUGGCUUGAUUCGAUAAGAGAAAAAAAUUCUGUUCGAGAUUUUAGGGAAAGAUGGCUACCAACGGUAGAUGCGCUUAAGUUACAUUGGAAACGUUCUUGUUGGGUUUCGCAAGUUUGGUUUCAAUGUUUAAACUCAACAGUAGUUUAUCCUAAUUUAGAUGAUUGGGGUUGGUCAGUUAGUGAAGGAGUUAUUUCUGUUAUUUGGGACUCCGACAAAAACAUGAGAGAAGUAGAUGAGAAUAUCAUUUUUCUUUUGAAAGGUUGUUCUUGCAAGAAAGAGCCAUUUUGUUCAAGGAGCUGUGGAUGCAAGAACAGACCAGGUGGAUGUGGACCUACUUGCCUCUGCAAGGGUGGUUUAAACUGUAAAAACCCAGUCAAUCUAAAUAAAAUAAAGGAAGCCAGUGAAAAAAUUAAUGAAUCCCCUCAAAAUAAUGACGAAAAUUCUACAGAUCAUGAAAAUAGUGAACUCAAUGAUAUUCUUUCUAUAGAUGAUUUUGGGUUCAAUACAGACGACGAUUCAUCAUCAGAUGAUGAAAAUGAUUUUAAUGAUAUCCUUUAAUGCACUUUAACAGUUAAAUGUCCUCGGAUUUUAGCAACUAAUAGAAAUGUAUAGAAAAAGCAUGACAUUUUGAUUUGUAUAGAAUUGAGAAUAUGUCGACCAUAAAGAUUAUGUAUAAUUCAUUACAAUUAUCAUAAUAAUUCAGUAUAUUUCAGCAUUUAAUUUUUACAUAUUAACUUAUCCACCUCCACUAAGUGCAGGCUGGAUAUUGAUCAUAUUCAUUAUUUUAAUCCAUCUCCUUAUAAGUGAUUGGAUUAUGUUUAGUAUAUGUCUGUUCUUCUCUUGAAAGCCCAUGGUGCAACUAAUAGGUCUUUCUGAAGUAUAUUAUUAAUUCUCAACUCAGCUACUGUAAAGUCUCCUCAUCUCAGUAACUGUUGAUUCUCCUUACCUUAGCAACUGUUAAUUCUCCUUAACUGAGCCACUGUUAGUUCUGCUUAACUCAGCCACUGUUAAGUGUCCUCAACUCAGAUUACUUUAAAACUAUCAAAAACCAGGGAAUUUUCUCUACUUAGUGGAUUUUAAAUAUUUUUUUUCAAUUCAAAAACUGCACCUGGGUACUGUCUUAACCUUAAAUGGAAGAAAAUCCAGCAUAAUAUCUGAAGUUUUGAAGUGAAUUUAUAAUUUCAAUCCAUCUCCACAUAGUGGAAGUUGUAUUCACCAGUCUUUUCAACAUUUUUGUACAAGCAGUUAGGCAGGCCUCGGAUAUAGACCACCUGUAGCUGCUUUUUCCCCUUUCAAAGUAGUUAGGCAGGCCUCGGAUAUAGACCACCUGUAGCUGCUUUUCCCCCUUUUAGCAGUUAGGCAGGCCUCGGAUAUAGACCACCUGUAGCUGUUUUUUCCCUUUUUCAAGCAGUUAGGCAGGCCUCGGAUAUAGACCACCUGUAGCUGUUUUUCCCUUUUUAUGCAGUUAGGCAGGCCUCGGAUAUAGACCACCUGUAGCUGCUUUUGUAUUUACUUUUUAAUUGUAAAUUUUUAAUCCAGCCCCACAUAUGUGGUGGUUGGAUUUAUUCUUAAUGCAACCCCAUUGAUGUGGUGGUUGGAUUAUUUUCAACGAAUUGCUAACAAGUCUCUAAUUCUACAUUUCCUAUCUUGACAUGGUACAAUGUGUUUAAUAAGUAAACUGCAGAUUUGGUCCAUAUAAGUUACCUUAAUCUAAUGUCUGAUAAUAUCUGAUAGUUUUGGUUUGAUCAGGCACAGAGUUCCAAUUAACAUUACAGUUUAUAUGACAUGUUCCAAGUAGCAACCUUGCCUCUGCAUAAACACUUGAAUUCUGCAGUAGAAAUGGUCAGUCACAUGACUUACUAUCCACUUUUAUCUCCUUCAUUGUUCUUUCAAUUUCCUUCUUCAGAUCAGUUUUUUAUCUUGAUAGGUAUUUCCUUUCAAAACCUCCCUCACAGAAGAAUAGUCUUACCAUUUAGGAUGUAAUUCAAAAAUCACACCCAAAUGAACACCCUGCAAACAAAUGAUAAAUACCCUCC